CACCAUAAACUCAAUCCGUUAUAAGAAUCGGUUACAAUAAGAAUUGUACUUAAGUUAUUGGAAAUAUUUCAUCUUGAUAUAUUUCAUCAUAGCAUAGUAAUUUAUAUAUUAUUGUGCUAUAAUGUUUAACCGAAAAAAAAUUACGUGUAAAUUAUGAUUGAAAUGGACCUUAUUAGAAUAAGACCAUAUGAAACUGAGGCGUGAAUGGUUUAAAUCAUUGUAAGAGCUUAUUCUUUUAAAAAUAGACCAGGUUGGACUGAGUGAUAAAAAAAUUGUAAUAAACUAAUUGAAGAUCUUAAAAUUUGAUGAACGGGUGGGCUGCACCAGAAGUCAUCAAAAUGUAAUGACUGGUAAAUUUUCUAGGCAUUUUGAGAUCUAUCUAGUGUUAUAAGGACACGGUUGCGUAUCAAGAUUAAGGAUCAUGUAGAGUUUUGAUUUGUAACAUAAAAAAUCAUAAAAUAAUAUUUUUUUUAAAUAUUAAAUAUACUAAACGAUAAUAACGAUGAGUUAUUCAUAAAUUUAUCUUUUUAAAUUGAGAAAUAAUAUAAUUUUUAUCUAGACUACUACAAUACUUGUAUUUAAUAUUUUAUAUAGGCUUAUAUUUAAUUUAUUAUGAAUAAUGAAUUUAUUAACCAAACACGUAAAAUCUAGUCAAUUAUUUAUUUAAGUUUAGAUUUUUAUGUGUUUUAGACUUAUUUUAGAAUUUCCAGCAUGGGGCGGUAUUGUACCAUCAUCAACAAUUCGAUCUUCCAAGAUUCGCUACUAUUAUAUUAAUGAUUCAACACCAGCUUUGAUCAUUUCAAUAUGCAUUUUUUGUUUUUUAAUAUAUUAUACUUAUGAAGAAAUUAUGGAGUUGCUGUAUUUUAAAUUUCGAUAUUUUACAAUAUUUUGGAAUAUAACGGACUUUAUUAUAAUUGUUGUAAAUUACUAUUUUUAAACUUCUUUUAAACAAAAUGUCUUAUCUCGUGUUAUAUAUACUAUAGCUUGGAUGGGGAUGUUUCAUAAUAACUAUGUUAAUGAUACAAUACGAGCCAGGAUUUAAACUUGAAAAAAUCAUAAUGUCUGGCAAAGGUCAAAAAUUUCUUCAAAUUUUAACUGACAGACACUCUUAUUUGAAUUUGUUUACAUCCUUCCUAUUUUUUGUUGUUUGUAUUAAACUAGUAAAAUAUACCGAUUGGACAAAAUCAAUGACUAUUAUAUAUUUGAGCAUUGGAAGGGUAAAGUAAACCUUUAAGUUAAAAGGUGUACUUGAUAAUUAGAAAUAUAUGAUUUUUAGUGUUUCAAAGUUGUUUUAGGUUAUAUGGUUGUUAUUACAUUAAUUAUUAUUGCAUUUGCCGUUCUGGGAUACUGUGCAUUUGGUGCUCAGGUUGAAGGAUUUUCUACAAUAAGUGAUUCUUUAAUGUCUGCGUUGCGGAUUCUUAUGAGAGAUUUUGACUAUCAUUCUGUUGCACACAUCAAACAAGGAUUGACCACAUUUUUUUUUAUAACAUUCACUUGUAUUGUAAUUUUUGUACUUUUAACUAUGCUAAUGGCAAUAGUUUUCCACGCUUAUUUUGAUGUGGAUAUUGAAGAAAUGAUUGGAAAACGGAAAAUAUAUGUUCUUGACAAGUUAUCUUUGUAUACUGAACCAAUUUUGAGAAAACUGGAUCUUAUUAAAUUAGAAAAUGGACAUACACAUUACAAGGCAGAGGACGAGUUAAAUGAAAUUAGCUACCAAGACUUUUACAAAAUACUAAAACGUUGCAAUUAUGUUGAUUCAGAAAUUGAAAAUAUCAUCAAACAAAACAAUAUUCAGCCACAGGAAACAAUUAAACCAGAAAAAGUUAAGAAAUUAUUACAAAAACUGGAAAUGAUGUCUAAUUCAAUAGAAAAAAUAGACAAGAAUGAUUUAGAAGAAAUCGAAAGGUUGAAUAAUAGAGUAAAAUUUUUGAAUAAAAAUAUGGAUUUAGUUAAUGACCAAAUUAACUAUAUUAUAGCUAGUUUAAAUUCCAUACGAGCUUCUACAAAUUCACUGUAGCUACAACGAAAAUAAGCAACUAUAUAAUUAAUGUUUAAAUAAUGUAUGGAAAUUAAAAUAUUGAUAAAUUUAUAUAUUAAAAAAUCUUUUUCUAAUUCACUUUUAAGAAUUCGAGUUU